UCAAGCACUGAAUCAUAGCAAGUUAAAACGAAGCUAGUCUUCUUUCUGCAAUCAUUUCAAGGCGUGUAUUUACCAAUCAAGUUGUCAGUGAGGUCUUCAAUAAGAAAUCGAGAAAAUUGGAAAUCUCUGGACUGCGAAAACCGACAACAGCUAGUGUGGUUUGAUUGUGAUUUGUGACACGUUUCAUUGGAUCGGACGCCAUAAAUUUCCGGGUUUGGGGAAAAUUGCAUUGCUAAAUUACUCUUGUAAAAAAAUUUCUGUUUUAAAUCCAAGCAAUUAGCCGUAAGGAACAUGGCUAACAAUGAAAGGCGCAGAGGAGACCAAGACUUCAACCACCGGUCCACAGGAAUAGUUAUCCCGCUCGAAGAGUUGAAACCUCUCACAUCCGGAGAUGAACCAAUUAACGAAUUGAUUGUUGCUACUUCAGCGAGAAACGCCAAUGACAUCACUGGGGUGGAAGAUAGUUUAAACAACAAUAGGAAUAUAAACUACACCGCUAAAAAGAACUUUUCUCAAGGUAUGAUGGAUAUUGCCCUAUUGACGGCCAAUGCCAGUCAACUGCGUUACGUAAUGCGGUCUCCUUAUUGGGAUUUUUACCACAAGAUGAACAUUACGCUAAUUUGCAUCAGCAUUGCUCUUCAGAUUAUAGCAGGUAUACUACUAGUUUGCGUCAGCCGCAAAAAGAAAGCGUGUAAUGUAGGUUCAACUAGAAUUCUAACAUCAACUCCAGAGAAACAAAUUAUAGAAGAUCACCAUAAUUGCAUUCAAGCUAAGAAAAAGGGACUUGCAAUACCUACGACAAAUAAACCAAGGAAAGUGAAAAGUAAGGGCAACCAAGAUAUAUGCAUAGAUGAUGAAAACAAAGAAAAUUAUUGUGUUAAAGUUACACGAAAGAAAAAUUGUGAGAAGGGAGAUAAAUGUGAUGAUGACUUGUCGAUUAAAAAUUCUUCUGCCCUUUCUGUAGUAAACAGAACCAGAUACGAACGUGCAGCCAAAAGGAACUUGUUUUCAUAACCGUCUUAUUGUAUUUAUUCAGCUACAGUUGUUUUUUCAUCUAAGUAUGAUCUCGAGAGAACUAAUCAAGAUUAGUCAACCAAGUAAUACACUA